UCACCGAGCCACAUGGUGGCGCCGCCCUAUCGCCCCUGCAAUCCAUUCUCCAUGCAGCCAGAGUGACCUUCUUGCCUACAAAUUGAGCAUCAUGAAAGAUGAGCCAGAAGAGGCUGAGCUAAUUUUGCAUGAGGCACUUCGUCUUGCCAUUCAAAGUGAUAACAAGAAGGCCAUCAUUUACACUUAUGAUUUGAUGGCCAACUUAGCAUUUAUACGGGGUCAGCUUGAAAAUGCAGAAAAACUUUUUAAAGCAACAAUGAGUUACCUGCUUGGAGGGGGCAUGCAACAGGAAGACAAUGCAAUAAUUGAAAUUUCUCUAAAGUUGGCCAGUAUCUAUGCUGCUCAGAAUCGACAGGAAUUUGCUCUUGCUGGCUAUGAAUUCUGCAUUUCAACUCUAGAGGAAAAAAUUGAAAGAGAAAAGGAAUUAGCAGAAGACAUUUUGUCAGUGGAAGAGAAAGCCAACACCCGCCUCCUCCUCGGUAUGUGCUUAGAUGCUUAUGCUCGCUACCUUCUGUCCUCCAAGCAGCCAUCGCAGGCACAGAGGAUGUAUGAAAAAGCUCUGCAUAUUUCUGAAGAAAUACUAGGAGAAAGACACCCACAGGUCUGGCCAGGCACCCAGGUGCUUCUGGGCUUCAUAAUGCACAGCACAGUAUUUCAGAAUACUGAAUCUGACGGGGAGCAGCUCCUGAGGAUCCUUGCCUCCCUUGCCUCCCAGGUGAAUGACAGGAAACGGCGGGGGAGAGAGAGGGGCACGUUAAAAAAAUUUUUAAGACUACUGACAGAAUUUAAGCAAAGCAUGCUAAGCUUUCGGUUAGAACACUAAACACAUGGAAUUGAGUUGAAAUCAUCUCUGGGUCUCUCCUCUAUCAAACAACGUUUGUAGAGGUAACAAGUGGAUCACUUUGUGAACGCUUGGUAUUGCCAACACAAUUUUAACUGGACUGGACAUGUCUCAAGGUUGGGGUAGAUGAGCAGGGCAAGUUAUUGGGCUAUGAAUUACCUUCAGGAAAGGGAUUUAGGGCUUAAUUACAGAGUCCCUUUAAUGGAGAAGAGGAGGACUUGCCUUUCUUAGUACCAACAUUAAAAAUUUUUUAAUGGGAAUCUUCCUAAAGUGGAUGAUAUAUUUCUUCUAUUUUUUUCUUUUUUUAAGAAAAUAUAUUUUUAUUG